AUGGCGAGCGGAAUGCCAGUUAAUGAGGACUGCGUGACAACUUUUAACGAGUUGAAGCUCCGCCAUGCCUUUAAAUGGAUUAUAUUCAAGAUCGACCAUGACGAGAUCGUCGUGGAGAAGAAGGGAUCAAGCGGCGCCGCUGAUUUCUCUAAAGAACUCCCUGCAAGUGAUUGCAGAUACGCAGUGUACGAUGAGGGCCAGCGCAUUCACUUCAUCCUCUGGUCUCCAGACUGCGCCCCUGUGAAGCCCCGCAUGAUUUAUUCCUCUUCUAAGGACGCCUUGGCGAAGAAGUUGGAGGGCACUAUGGCUACAACUCUGGAGGCCCACGAGCUGUCUGACCUCAGCGUGCUUAACUAG